CUCCUCGCCUUGCCUUGAGACAAUCUUAAAUACAAAGCCCUUGGAAUCCUUCUGGUGGUUCUCGCAUCCAUCGCAAUUGUCUUGAGUAAACUCUCGUUAAUAGCCAUCAACUCGUUCUUAUUUCUCCGCUUCAACGACCAACACCAACACUUUACUUUUAAUAAUACCUCCAAUCACAAUGCGCUCUGCCAUCAUCCUCACUGUCGGCGCGACCGUCGUCGCUGCCUCGCACCCCGCUCUCGAGCGCCUCGAGAAGCGCGAUGCUAAGGAGUGCGCUUCCGUCGCCUCCAGCAUCCUCCCCGACCUCACCGCCAUCCCUACUCCCGACUCUUCGCUCGCGAGCUUCCUCGCCAAGCAGACCGAUGCCAUGACCAUGACCGACCAAUGUGUCAUCCCCGCCGUCACUGGCUCCAUGGCCAAGGAGUACACUUCCUACGCUUCCAAGCUCAGCUCUUGGUAUAUCGACCAGAAGGAUGGCAUCUCCUCCCUUCUCGAAGCCUGCAGCGACGUCCCUGAGGUCAGCUCUCGCAUCGCCGACCUCAAGGAGACUGCCACCAUUUGCGAUAAGGUCACCUGGGCCAAGGAGACUGGCUCUUCUUCUUCCAGCGGUGAUGCUUCCCAGUCCAGCGACGCUGCUGCUUCUAGCUCCACCGCCGACAAGGGUAACGCUGCUGGCGUCAACUCCAUCAAGGCUGUUGCCGCCCUCGCUGUCGCUGGUCUUGCUGGUGUCAUGAUGCUGUAAAAGGUUCAUGCCUGAUAGGGGGAUAAUAACGGACAAUACCCGUGGGUGACGGCGUCUUGGCUUUUCGAUUCAUUUGGCCUGGUGUACUGGUCUCUAGUUUUACUCUAAAAAUACUCAAUACAAGCGUUGUGGCUACUGUACUCUGUAGCCUUUCUAUAAUUGCCUAACUUCGUUGACUCCAACGUGCUCAAAUGUCAUUGACACACUGUUUCAUUGACGU